AAACAAACAGCAAAAAUGUAUCUUUAAGAAGGAGACUGUAUAUGUUUGAACAGCGCUAAAUAACUUAUAUGUUCCGGAGUGGAGAUGUUUACUUGGUGAAUAAUUGUGUACCAAUAUACUUUCCGAGGAUUACACGAGGCGUCGUUCAUUGUUUCAAAAUGCCUGGUCAGUGCACGGUCGUAUUAAACAAAACUCUGAGAAGAAACAAAGCCCUCGGCGAGAGGUAAAACUAUUCUGCAGAGGAUUACCAAACAAAGUGGCCCGAGGCAUCACGCGUCCCACACUCGAGAAAACUUGUUGGGCCACAAGCGAAAGGGAACGUUCUCGUGCAGUCACGCCGCGAGGACAUCUCGAUCCACCUUCCGCCAUUACGGCGCUGCGCUACGUGUACUUCGACUCACUCUGAUUGGCUAGCACUUGUAGUCUCGUUUUCGCGUGAAAUCUGAUUUGCCCGAAAGUUAAGUACUUCAGAGGAAUGAGGUGUCUUAAUGUCGGCAAGGCUUUAGUCAAAGUGAGUUGUUGAAUUGCCUAGUUUCACUAGGAAUUUACUCCUUUAUACGGGAGUUGAUUAAGACUUUGAAGAAUGCCGCACGUUGGUAGUGGCGGCAGUGAUGAUUUAGCUUCAUCGGAUGAGAUCAAAGUAUUUAAAGAUGAGGGCGAAGAAGAAAACCGCUCAUCGGAAAACCUGACCGACCUGAAGUCCAGCUUAGUUACAGAAGGCGAAGAGGACAAAUCAAAUCAACUUCCCGGCCAGAGUUUCUCGACAUCCAAAAAUGCUCAUUCUUCCCGAGCGGACACCGGCUCAACAUCGGCUAAAGUAUUUGAUCCGAUUCCACACGCUGCACCAAUAGGAUAUGUUGUGUCACCGUAUCCACACCCCAAUGGUACCCUGGGGCCACCGGCAAUGGCCGGAAAGGUUACCAUGGUGCCACCGAGUCACCCAGGAUCUCCUCUCCCCUUCAUGAUGUACAACAGCGACGCAUUCGCACAACCUCCUCCAGCACAUAUGGGAAUUCCACCUGUACACAUAGAUCCCAAGACAGGGAUUCCACGAGCUCCUGUCUACCCGUUACCCACCCCAGGCCAGUACCCACACCCUGUCUUUAGUCCAGAAUUCACACAACAGUUUCAGUGGUGCAGCCCCUGUCACAAACUUACAAGCCAUUGGGCAUGGGAGCACCAAUAUGUCCAGCACACUCCAACCAUGUACCCAAUGACGUCGACUGGUUUCUGUGGACCAUACCCUACAACACUGCCAUCUGGUGCUCUUCCUAGGUUCAGUCCUCCAACCUUGUUACCUCCUCCUCCAGGGUUAACCCCUCAUCCAGGACUUCUACACCCAGCUCUAAUGUCUGCUGGGCGUAAGCAGGAAUUGCAAAGCCCCGUCUUGGAGAACAGCAGACAUUUGCCAGGUUAUCUGAUGGAUCAGAAACCCCAAACACUAAGAGGGAAUGAGACCAAUGGACCCAGUCCUCACAGCAGUAGCACAGUAAGCUCCCAACAAACCCACCACAUUGACAAAAAGAAACCUCCCCAUAUCAAAAAGCCCCUUAAUGCCUUCAUGUUAUACAUGAAGGAGAUGCGUGCCAAAGUUGUAGCAGAAUGUACCUUGAAAGAAAGUGCAGCUAUUAACCAGAUAUUGGGAAGAAGGGUAAGUUGUAGGAGAAUGUACCUUGAAAGAAAGUGCAGCUAUUAACCAGAUAUUGGGAAGAAGGGUAAGUUGUAGGAGAAUGUACCUUGAAAGAAAGUGCAGCUAUUAACCAGAUAUUGGGAAGAAGGGUAAGUUGUAGCAGAAUGUACCUUGAAAGAAAGUGCAGCUAUUAACCAGAUAUUGGGAAGAAGGGUAAGUUGUAGGAGAAUGUACCUUUAAAGAAAGUGCAGUUAUUAACCAGAUAUUGGGAAGAAGGGUAAGUUGUAGCAGAAUGUACCUUGAAAGAAAGUGCAGCUAUUAACCAGAUAUUGGGAAGAAGGGUAGGUUGUAGCAGAAUGUACCUUGAAAGAAAGUGCAACUAUUAACCAGAUAUUGGGAAGAAGGGUAAGUUGUGGGAGGAUGUACCUUGAAAGAAAGUGCAGCCAUUAACCAGAUAUUGGGAAGAAGGGUAAGUUGUAGCAGAAUGUACCUUUAAAGUAAGUUGU